AUGAUGAAUAAUUCAGCAGCUUCCGUGCCUGUAACUAUGGAGCCUGUUGAUCCGGUUCAUCGGUAUGGUUGUGGGCAUGGACGUCUUAAGGCAGGGCACACAAUUGAUGUCAAGAGAAAUACUGUGAAGAUCGAGCCCGAUCUCAAUGACACCGAAAAAUACCAUGUGACGUUCAGUUAUGACGCUCAGGUUGAUGGCUGUAUAACCGUUUGUAUCUAUCGUUGGGUGGGUCAAGAAAAAAAAGAGGUGUUCAAAACCUCUAAGAAUGCCGAAAAGAGGCCAGGGCUAGUCCAGAAAUUCAAUGAGAAAGGAGAUGGAGUCAAAUUUCCCUUACAUAAGACGGGCUUAAAAGAUGUCUAUAAAUUAGAAAUAGUGGCACAGGCAGAUGAAGAUGGAAGUAAGAAUUGUAUUUUGGAAAAAACGGAAGCAGUGGUUCAGAACAAGAGUGGUAUAACGAAGGUUAAGGUAAAAAAUCAGAUUUUAUCGGUGAAUGGGAGGAUGUCUGUGUUUGUUGAUUUGAAUGGACAUAGUUAUUCCACGCAAACGGAUGCGGAUGAUCCUUAUAAUGGUUGUUGCAUCUGUUUUGAUGAAAAGAAUCCUGGCAUUGUUUUUCCCAUUGGGGGGUUACUACUUAUUGAGAAACCAAUUGCAGAGGAGAGUAAUGGGAAUUGUGUAUACAAGGGAACUUAUGAUGAAUCACCAGUUAUUGCGGGAAGGAUUCCCAAGGGGAAUGGUACAACAGACGAAAUGAUUCAAAUUCUCAAGAGAUCUAAUCCGCAUCAUUCUAAUGUUCUUUGGCGUAUUGCUGAAGAGGAGAAUGAAGAUUUUGUUUUUUUUAUUUAUGAGAGUUUUGAAUGUACCUUACAUGAUUUGAUAACGGGUAAAUACGAACUGAAAUGUCUAGAUGGUUUCAUGGAUCUGAAACUGUGGAAGCCCGACGGUUUUUCUCCUUCAAAGUGUUUGGUGAAACUUCUAAGGGGCAUAGUUGAAGGAAUUGUCUGUUUAAUUAAACUUGGAAAUAUUCCGAACUUAAACCCUCGAAUGAUCAUUAUAGAAGAAGGUACUUCUAGUCUCACUGGGAAAGUCUUAGGAAUGGGCAUUAGCUCAACAGGACAAACGGCUGCUUGGGAUUCAUUGGAUUUAGGGAAACUGUUGGUCUUUUGUAUUACUAGUGAUUACCUCCCAUUUGAUCUUGAAGAUGUGAAAGAUCACUUAAAACGUAUCCCGGAAGCCUUCGAUCUCAUCUCUCGCCUCCAGCAUCAUAAUCCAAAAUCUAGACCAACAGCCAAAGAAGUAUGCGACGACAUUUUUUUCUGGGACGCCAAGCAACAUCUUUCCUUCAUCGAAGAUGUGAGCGACUGUGUGGAUCCAGACGUCUGCAAUGCCAAAGCCAAAAUCCUACAGUUACUCAAUAUCACGGAUCCACCAGCCUUACGUGGAAAAUGGGUUAAAUCUCAAAAGUUGGACAAUGUGACCAAUUCCAAAAUCCUAAAAUCACUUGAAAGCCUUCAGGGUUACAGCAAUUGGAACACUUUAAUACACCCCACACUCAUAAACAACUUAGAGCGACACAGAUAUUACGAUUACGACAGCGUAUGUGAUUUAUUACGUUUCAUAAGAAACUGUUCAAAUCACUAUAAAACACUCUGGAACUAUUCAAAACGUUUGUUGGGGGGAGUGGAGGGACUCUCGACAUAUUUUAGCAGCAAGUUUCCUAAACUGUGUGCAAGAAACGGGGAUGAUGAGGUUGGCUUUGCAGCGUUUUGUCAGAAAUUACAGAUGAAGAGGCACAUAAAGACAAACAAAUCUCAGUUGGAUGUUGCGACUCCUGGUUAA